AUGGCCUCUGUGAAAGCAUGUGCUCCAUACUUCUAUAUGAUUGUGUCCCAGUUCGCGUAUGCUGGAUCCAGCAUCAUCGACAAGCUUGCAUUAGGUCAAGGACUAAGUGCACUUGUCUUCGUAGUGUACAGGCACCUUAUUUCCAUGCUCAUCUUGGCUCCUCUUGCUUAUGUGCUCGAAAGGAAUCGAAGACCCAGCUUCUCAUUUGGUGUCAUGCUAAAAAUAUUCAUUCUUGCUAUGUUGGGUAUAACAAUUCAGCAAAAUGUAUACUAUGUUGGACUCCAUCUCAUUUCUCCAACUGUUGCCAGUGCCUUGGGCAAUGUCAUUCCUGCUUUUACUUUCUUAUUGGCAAUUGUAUUGAGGAUGGAAAAGCUCAACUUGAAGACUGUAAGAGGGAAGGCCAAGCUUGCAGGGGCCAUCUUUUGCAUCACUGGUGCCCUGAUCUUCACAUUUUGGAAAGGUCAUUUUGUUGGGGGCCUUUGUUACUUCACCUAUGAUCCAACUUCAUUUCGAAAGUCCUGA